AUGGAUUUCCGCCAUCUUGGGAUUCCCUUCGUGGUGUAUGACCAGGGAGAUUCCCGAAACCUUCGCACGCCCUACCACGACGACGUUCUCCCGCGAGAGUUUGCGGAGCAGCAUCUCCCAGACUCGCGAGGCAGCAACAGCAACAGAAACCGCCCUCAGUCUUCCCGAAACAAGGCAACAACCCAGGGACGCAGCUGGCUGGAUGACGACACUGCUCCUCGGAAAGAUUCAGUCGCCCCGGCAACUCUUGUCACAGCCCCGCGAUACAGUCGUCACCCAAGACUUGUCCCCAUGGAGUUCGUCUUCAAGGAGCUGGAGGCUCAUUUGAAGGAUAGCCAUACCUUCUAUGCCUCGUACAAGACAGCCUACACCAACAUGACUCAGCAUCUUGACGGGAUCGCCAGCGUGUCUUCCAUGGAAAUGCUCUGGAAGGACCUCUUGCAGAAGAAGUUCGAGAACACACGCGAGAAGAACAAGUUCGUCACCGCGGCGGCCAAGAUCAGCCAGACGAUCGAGGAGGCGAGCAUGGUCGCGGGCGUGAGCAACGCCCUGGACCGAGACGCCGCCGCGCAGCUUGCUUACGAGCGCAACCUCCGCAAGGUCAAUAAGCUGCGCGUCAUCUCGGGCGAUAUUACAAAGCUUGCCAAGUGGGCGCUCACCGAGCUGGCGAUCGAUGAUCUGCUCGACGAGAUCAACGCGGCGAUCCGGGUCCUGCAGAGCGAGCCCGUCGGCAAGAAGCCUGCUCAUCGAGAGGGCAACGACAACAAUGGCGAUCGUGGCCACAAUGACAACUAUGGUGACUAUGGUAACACGAAUCAGGACAAUGGAGGAAUGAGCACGACCAAUCAGCAGGACAACGAUGGCGAUGUGCCUCAGCAGAGUGGUUGGACCAGCAACUAG